AUGCCUCUACGGCGGGCUAAUGAAACCUCGAGAGCACCGCGAUUCCGCUUGAAACUGCCCGCUGACUCGCGACACGCAAGACGUUCCAAAAGAUGCGCUACCUAAAGAGAAAAUCUCGUUGUCUCGAUCCGAAGAGGGAAACAUCGUGAACCGGAAGGGCCGUGAUCGAGCGACUGACCGCAAACGUGUUGGCCAACAUUAGUAGCUGAACCUUUUACUCGGCGUUCGAACGGCUCCGCUUUCAACGAAGAGAAUACGUUUCUCUUCUCCGUUAAAUUCGUAGUUUUUAAUUGAUCAAAAAAUCGAACGAGGACAGUGCGACGAGCUGAGUGAAAUUCUAAGGAAGCAAAGUUUUCGAUUACGAUCGACGAGCUUGCGGUGGGACCAAGAGAACCGAACGACCCGUCCUCGAAUGUCAAGCUGGUGAACGAGUAAUCGUAUAAGAAGAUUCGUAAAAAUCAACAUAUCAAGUAGUAAGAAUCGACUAUGGAGUGUAAGAGGAGUGUUAAAUCCCUCGAUGAAUCGGUUAUCUCCCAGUAAUCCGUGGCCUUGCAACGGGAGCAUGCGACAGAUUGCUUGUUUUCUUAUUUUUCUGGUGCCCCUGUACGACGUUUAUCUUCCGGCAGUCUUCGUGGUUCCCUUUAACCUCGUUACGAUCAUCUCCUCAGGCAUACUAACGAAAUACGAAAAAUUCGAUUAGAAGGAAGAGAGAGAGAGGGAAAAAGAUGAAAAGGAUAGUUGUUGACGAUGGGAUGUAACUAACUUAACAGGGCCGAACAAGUGUGAGGGUUGCGAGGAAAAGGGGUACGGGAAGGUCUUGGAAGAAAACGAGGAAAACUACCGGAGACGAUGGAUCAACGAUGAAAUAAAAUCGCCAUCGUUUUCCAUUCUAUUUAACGAUAUUAUCGAGCACGCUGGUUGGCGGGUCCAAAAACGUAGAGUAUUUUUAAUACGUGUACAGACACACAUACACAUACACGGGCACACAUGUAUCUACAUACCGUGUCCGGGUGGCUGGUAAUUAAGUGUAGGGUUAAUAAUCGACGUUUAACUGUUUAACGUGUCGAAGGGUGAAAGUUGAAACGUGGUCCAAUUAAUAAACGAUUUAACGUCGUGGUCCAACUAAAUAGUGACUUUUUAAAUUAAUCCUACCAUUCGUGGAGAUUUGAGAGCGUAAUCGGUGCCCACGUUAUUGUUUACGAAUUCAUUCGAAAGUUCCGUGCUCGUAGUGGAUAUCCUUUGAUCGUUAACCGUUCAGUGUUGACUCUAAGUUCCGUGAACGAGUGUAAUUCGUACCUUGCCGUGAAACAAUCGUGUUCGCUGUAUUUUCGAACGAUCGAUAGAGAAAGUAUAUCAAUAUUAUUUUAGUUUCAACGAAGAAAUGAACCUUGCAACGUUGUGACACUAGUGAAAGAGAGUGUUGUUGAUCAGCCAUUGGGGACGAUUCUCAGGAUGUGUCAUAGAACAAGACACUAGCUAUGACGACUUCAAGCAGAUACAGCAGUUAUAACUGUCUUACCAGUUGGGACAGCUACGACAGAAUACCAAGAGUUCGUGUCGAGUAUUACGUGAAUGAAAAUACGUUCAAGGAACGACUUCAGCUGUAUUUCAUCAAGAAUCAACGUUCAAGUCUGAGGAUACGAUUGGCCAAUCUAUUUUUCAAGCUGCUAACAUGUUUCUUAUACAUAUUCAGAGUCAUCACCGAUACCGAUCCAACUUACGCAGCAUGUUACGGCUGCACGCCUGGCAACAAAACCGAGUUCCUGGCAUCCCAGAACCUGACCGAGGAAGAAUUUCAGGAGCACCCGACCAUCAACUGGGAUGCGAUUUUAUGGGUGAGGAGAUCCUUGGAAUUGUGGGUGGUCCAGGUGAUCCUCGCAAUAGUAUCGCUGACGGAAGCUCUGCUACUCGCCUAUUUAGGUUACAAGGGAAACGUCUGGCAGCAGCUUCUCUCUUUCCACUUCAUCCUCGAGCUGGUCAACACCAUACCAUUCACGAUCACGUUACUUUAUCCACCAAUGCGAAAUCUGUUCAUUCCGGUGUUCCUAAAUUGCUGGUUGGCAAAGCAUUCCUUGGAGAAUAUGUUCAAUGACCUACACAGAGCUAUGCAGAAAUCUCAAUCAGCUUUAAGUCAACAAUUGAUGAUCCUUAGUGCUACGUUACUGUGCCUUGUCUUUACUAGCGUAUGUGGGAUCCAGCACUUCCAGAGAGCAGGGCACAGGCAUCUGAAUUUGUUCCAAAGCACAUACUACGUUGUGGUCACGUUUUCUACGGUUGGCUAUGGGGACUUUGUACCUGACAUUUGGCCCUCGCAACUCUACAUGGUUAUCAUGAUCUGCGUUGCUCUUAUUGUUCUACCCACUCAGUUCGAACAACUAGCUUUCACAUGGAUGGAAAGACAAAAGUUAGGUGGCUCGUAUUCGUCCCACAGAGCACAGAGUGAGAAACACGUAGUGGUCUGCAGCACAACGCUACAAGCCGACACCAUCAUGGAUUUUCUAAAUGAAUUUUAUGCCCAUCCAUUACUGCAGGACUACUACGUGGUGCUGUUAUCGCCCAUGGAGUUGGAUACCACCAUGAGAAUGAUUCUACAGGUACCCAUUUGGGCGCAAAGGGUAAUUUAUAUUCAAGGAUCAUGUUUGAAAGACAGCGAUCUCACCAGGGCGAGAAUGAACGAGGCUGAAGCCUGCUUCAUCCUUGCUGCGAGAAAUUAUGCUGACAAAACAGCUGCUGAUGAACACACGAUACUCAGGUCGUGGGCAGUGAAGGAUUUUGCACCAAAUGUUCCUCAGUACGUUCAAAUUUUCCGUCCGGAGAACAAACUUCACGUAAAGUUCGCGGAACAUGUGGUUUGCGAAGAUGAGUUCAAAUACGCCCUGUUGGCGAACAAUUGUACGUGUCCUGGUGCCUCGACAUUAGUUACUCUCUUGUUGCACACUUCCAGGGGACAAGAGGGCCAACAGUCUCAAGAAGAAUGGCAUAGGCUUUAUGGUAAAUGUUCAGGCAACGAGAUUUAUCACAUCAUACUCGGUGAUUCUCGAUUUUUUGGCGAAUACGAGGGCAAAUCCUUCACUUACGCAUCAUUUCACAGUCAUCGUAAAUACGGGGUUGCGCUGGUCGCUGUGAAACCUGCGGAACUUCCGGAAUUUUACGAAGAUAGCAUUCUUCUGAAUCCUGGUCCGCGCCACAUAAUGAAGAAAACGGACAUCUGUUACUACAUGAGCAUCACGAAGGAGGAAAACUCGGCGUUCGUAGUGGCGAACAAUCAAAAUGUAGCCGUAGAAGGGACCCAGGUGGUUGUCGAGACGAAAACUGAUGGUGUUGGGAACGCGAAUAGUAGUUCCGCGAGCAACACCACCACCAACAACACCACCACUACUAUGAACUCUGGAUCAGGGGCUGGGACGACGACGACGACCACCACGAUCUCGACCAGCUGCACGAUCGCCGGCGGUGAUGGAAACGCUUGCUGCAGGCAGGAGACGACCUGCACGGGGCCCCGUGGACAGAGCGUACACGGUACACCGGCACACAGGGCCCCACAGGUUAUUUUGCAGGUCCUCCCUAGCACGCCCACACCACUCGAACACCACAACAUACUCGCAUCCGAUGUCCACCCCACGUAUUUAGAUCCUGGAGGAUUCGACGAGUCGAGGCAGUGUUUGAAAGAUGGAGGAUCCACGCCACAGACACCGAUCACAGGAAAUCAUUUGGACGUUCCUAGAUCCAUGGAUCCAAAUCCAAAUUUGCUCAGCCCUGAAAUUCUUACGCAAAGAAGGGGAAGUAGAAGACCAAGUAUCCUACCUGUGCCAGACAUGUUGACGAGCUCAGCCUUGAAUCUUCCUGGUCAAGAGUCCUUGGAUCACGAAGCUGACGAGUCUGAGGAUGAAAUGGACGACGAUGUUCCAUGGAGAUCGCCCAGUGAGAAAAUAGCUUUCAAAGGGAUCGUUAAAGGAUUUCCACCUGUUUCACCAUACAUAGGCGUGUCACCAACAUUUUGUUACCUACUAAAGGAAAAGAAACCCCUCUGUUGCCUUCAGCUGGCACAGGUCUGCCAACACUGUAGCUACAGAAACGCGAAGGAUUACAAUUGGCAAAAUAAAACCAUCAUUCUGGCAGCUGAUUAUGCUAGCAAUGGGAUCUACAAUUUUAUAAUCCCACUAAGAGCACACUUUAGAUCAAAAACUUCGCUGAAUCCAAUCAUUCUUUUGCUGGAACGGACACCGGAAAUUGCGUUCCUUGAUGCGGUGUCCUACUUUCCGCUGGUAUACUGGAUGCGAGGAACCAUCGACUGUUUGGAUGAUCUACUUCGUGCUGGCAUCACUCUCGCGGAAAAUGUCGUCGUCGUGAACAAAGAACUCAGCAAUUCCGCGGAAGAAGACACUUUGGCUGACUGUAACACAAUCGUCGCUGUGCAAACAAUGUUCAAAUUCUUUCCGAGCAUAAAAAGUAUAACGGAGCUGUCGCAAUCGAGCAACAUGCGCUUUAUGCAAUUUAGAGCGCACGAUAAGUAUGCUCUUCACCUGAGCAAGAUGGAAAAGUAUGGGAGGCAACUCGAAGCGUACUUUCUUAGAGAGAAGGAAAGAGGUUCCCACAUAUCGUACAUGUUUCGACUACCAUUCGCGGCUGGUAGUGUCUUCAGCGCCUCCAUGUUGGACACCCUCCUUUAUCAAGCAUUCGUUAAGGAUUACAUGAUAACAUUCGUGAGAUUGUUGCUGGGUGUGGACCAAGCGCCAGGAUCUGGUUUCUUAACAUCGAUGAGAAUAACAAAAGAGGAUAUGUGGAUAAGAACCUAUGGGAGAUUGUAUCAGAAACUCUGUUCCACGACGUGUGAGAUUCCGAUCGGUAUUUAUAGAACCCAGGACACCACCGUAUCGGACACUUCUCACGGCGACUCAGACGCGGAGAGCGACGCCGGCGUCGGCGUGACGUACAAGGUGCGUCAUUCGGCGGCAGCCUCAUGCCUUGCGAAUUGUGCCACCCGUGACAAGGGUGCCUCAGCCUACUCGGUGAGUCUUGGCGACGAAGCGCGCGACAACCACGCUCAGAAGAUCGAGAGGGCGGAAAUAGCGAGUCUGGUCCGAUCCCGGAUGGAGUCUCUGAACCUACCGGUAGCCGACUACGACAUCGUGUCGGAGAAGCGCAACAGCCUCUCCUACGUGAUCAUCAACCCCAGUUGCGAUCUGAAGCUCGAGGAAGGUGACAUCGUGUACCUGGUCCGACCGAGUCCCUUCUCAGCCCAGAAGACGUUCGAGAGACACAAUUCCAGACGGAAGAGCAACAUCAGUUUCUGUUCGGCUCAGUUGGUGUCACAGAUGAGUGCAGCGGUAGCUUCGGCUGGGCUGCCUGCUGGUGGGGCAGGGAGUCGUCGAGGGUCAGGGAUAGGUCUGCCCAGAGCACCUCCGUUGGGUACUACCAAGUCGAACUCUCUCUCCUUACCAGACAGUCCCACGGUGGCUGGUACAUUGCGAGGUCGGUCGAACUCCUUGAGAGUGGUCGACGACAUCCUGCUGAGACGCAGCAACUCCUUGAGGCAAGGAUUGACUAUGAGUAGAAGAAAGAGCAGUCUAGAGGAUAUAGGUCUAGGUGCACUCUCUCAUCCUUCGAAUCACAAUCCUAUCAAAAUAGCACUGAACGGAUCCAUCGGUCUGGAAGUUACUCCGCCUGAGGAAGGCUCCCAGACUGGUGGCGCCAGCAACACGGGCAUCCUGGACGUUGGCCUGCCCUCGAUGCCAGAACUGAGAGCAGCCCUGGGGUCGAACAUUGGUCCAGGUCUGGGUGGGUCGUUAGGUGGACUCUACGACCCGCCUAGCCUUCAAGGCCCGUUGCAGUCGCCCCAGAUCCAAGGCAGCACACAGGAUCCUCAGCACAUACAAGGGACAAUCGUAUGAUAUAACCUUAUGUGGGGACGCAGGCUCUCCGGCGUAGUGCGAAACAAAUGGCUGUAGCGUUCCCACAUGACACGUCAUAAUUACUAGGUGGGAUGUUGCUUGCGAUCGUCAGAUCAUCGGCAGAUCCUGACUGUCGGCGAAUUGGUGGGACUGGACUGUAUGGUUACGAUCAUGAAGAUAGUGAGACGGCCGGAGAGCAAGGUGUUUCAGUGACACAUCGAUUGGGAUACUUUGUGUGACUGGACACGAACACGGUAAACAGUUCAAAUCAUUUUUUCUACUUCAUUCCUUUCACUGUUUCGGUUUAGCUUAGCGUCGACUGUAUGCUUUGCGCGAACCAUCGGGGACCUAAGCGGCGUCGUAACGUUCAUGAGUACGAUACGCCAAAAUGCUGAUCUUUUGUUUGUACGUUUUAACAGAGCUGGGCUACUUUUGGAUCAUUUUUAACCCUUUGACUACUGAGUACUCUGGACUUGAACGUUCUGUACGUACGAAAUAAGAAUCAAGUCAAUAACACUUAUCACUUUUCUUUUUAAUCCAUUUCAUUUCUUUUUUCUUUUUCGUAUCAUUAUAAUCUGAUAACAUACGGUGUGUAAUUAGUAAUAUACGUUGAUAACUUUUAUUUGAUUACAAUUAGGAUAUGCAAGAAACAAUAUAUGGACGCAGAUAUGCUCCCUCUAUACCGUUAGCGUCAAAGGGUUGAGAUUCGUUUCAAAAUUAUAUUGAUAAAUAAUUAUUCAAGUAAAUGUGACUUUUACGUUGUCUCUGUUUACUGUAUUAUCUAGCAGGUUUUUUUUAUAUACAUUGGUAACUUUUGUAGUGUAAGACGAAAUGACAUAUUGAUUUCAUGAAGUCACGAAGAAUCUUUUCGUCUGUCAAUUAAUUUUUUUAAACUUCUAAUUUGACAAAUUAGGUACCACAUUAAUUGAAACGAUACCGAUAAAAGUAAUGAACCGAAUCAAAAUCACAAUUAAACGAUUAUUGAAUAAGAGGUUUCGUUUAAGCGAUGCCCAACUCUGUGGAUGUACAAUUGUUUCAUCGAAGUUACAAUACUGUUUUAGGAAUAAAUUCUCUCUUUGUAGGUAAUGCUAACACGCGUUUACGAACAACUUGGUUUUAAAAAAGUUACGUGAUAUUGCGAACUUUAUUUCAAAAUAACUGGUUAAUCUCUCGCGGUGUGAAUAGCGGGCUACGUUCUUAAAACGUUUUGCUCUCUAGUCGCCUCUGGCGUCUCGAUCUUUGUAAAUUCGAUUGAAAUUUUCAGCGAUCUAGCUGACUGCAGGUAAUUGGGUUAAAUCGUGAAACGCGUGAUGGUGUGCCAGAGGUUAUUCGACGAGGUUAAUCACCUCGAGAUGAUUAAAUUAUUAGGAUAAAAGAAAGGAAACCUAUGACGAUGGACAGGAGCUUAGGAUUCUAUACAAUUUAUAUCACAAUUAAAAACUAUUGAUAUGAAAUUAUCUUAGUGCAAAAUAAAGAUUAUAUUUAUAAAAACUGUAAUUUUUCUGAAAAUCAUUAAAAUAGUGAAUUACCUGGAAAAUUACUACUAAAUUUUCAGUAAAUAAUAUAUGGUAUAUUUAAUUUGUAAAUCUAUAAAAAUGAAAAUCCUCUUAUUUAUAAGUCUUGCAUUAUUAAAAAUGCUGUUCUUAUUCCUAACGAGGAUGAAUAAAAAUUGAAGCAAAUAUUGUUUACCAGAUUCGACAUGAUAUUAAUUAAAUUUUAAACGAAGUAAGCUCUUGCCCUCGUCAAAUUUCAUAUUUUCUGAAGUGUAGGGUAAAAAGAAUAGGUAAGAAAAGAAAAACGUCUCCCUAGUGCAAGCCCCGAUUCUUAUGUAGACAACACGUUCCACGAGUGAACGCGAACUAAUUUUAUACUAGAACCAAUUUACGACGACAGAUAUGUCAUAUAAAUAUGAUUAUAAUUAUAAAUACGCGACCAUUUUAAUCAUAUCACGCGAGAGAUACACCGAUCAGAGGUGUGUGACCUAUCGUACAUGUGUAGAAAAGAAUUUUAAUUGUGCAUUAGGAUUAUUGAAUCGAGAUUUCAGAAUUAAUCAGAAUCGUUCAAAAUAUUGCGAUCGUAUUAAAAUCUGAAUACUCGAUUCGCCGUUUGUAAAGUGUGAGAGGUGAUCGUUUAGUCAAGAAUCGGUUGAUAUUCACAUUCGUGAAUACUUUUUCUUCUCUUCUAUUAGUUCAAAGGGCAAUCUUUUAUCAAAACUUUCGAAUAUGUCUAAAAAAUCAUUUAUUCUUAGCAGAGAAAAAAAGAAACAGAGCAUUUUCGACAAUCCGUUCAAUCAGUUAGUCAAACAUAGACACAGUGGUGUAACUAGAUUUCUUUCUGAGGAUGGGCCAGGUUUUUUUUUUAUUUUUUAUUAAAAAUGUCAAGUAUCUAAUACUGCUUAAUUUUUUUAUUUGUAAUUUCAAGUAAUAAGAAUAUUAUCAUAUGUUUUGUUUUUACCUUAUUGUGUAUUGUAUUGCAAAAGAAAAAUAUUUAUGAGGGGGUCAAAGCCCACACUGAGCCUCAUCUAAUUACGCCACUGUAUAGACGUGGUUAGGAACGAUUUAAAUGUAUCUCUAUAUUUCUUGACUCGGCAUUUCGAGCCAAUUGCAAUCGUUUGUCGACCAAUUUACACGUUUUACCGACCAAAAGUCGUCUUAUUAAGUACCUGCUUUGAAUGCUGCUUCCACUACGCCGAUUUCAAUUAUCAGCGAUCAAAUUGGCUUGACUUCCUGGUUAUAGAUCCCAAAAAAUUGGUAUAAUUCUUACGAAAUGAUAGUUGAAUUUACAAUUAAACAUUGAUCGAUUGAAUUUGCAUAUAUAUUCAAGCGUGUAUGUUCGUUUGCACAAUCUUUCCAAAAUUUUCAAAUAUUAUUUUCUCGAUUAUUAUGAUAAUAGAUUUCACGUGAAAUUUGAUUGAAAAUUAAAUUCAGUUUAUAUUGAACGUACUGAUCUGAUUUGAUUUGAAAUUGAAACAAAGCUGUAGUGAAAUAUAAAAGAAAAUCUUGAAUUUCAUUUUUCUUUGUCAUACGAACGAAUUCAAUUAUGCGAGAAGUUAAUUCAGAAUUACGAAUUAAAACUAAAUUAUUUAAUCAAUAUUUUUAUGAUUUUCCAUUAAUUAUUUAUUCUACUAUUGGAUACAAAUUUCAAAAAUAUACUUGUACAUAUUUUUGGACCCACUUCUAAAUAAGAAUUCUGGAUUCACCUCUAAAUUCAAUUUUUAUUAUAAAAUAGAAAAAAGCGAUUCAAUCGGUCUUCUUCAAGUUUCAUAAAUAUUAUUCUACUUAAUUAGCCCAGAUUGGGAACGCUCAGCAAGUAGUAAGCCAGGCACGGGCGCCCAUCUGCACCCUUACUUGCGCUCCUGCACUGUAACGGGCUGAGAUUGAGAAAUAAAAUGGAUUUCAGAGGAAGGUGACAUAAGAAGGGCUCUUGGUGCCCUUCUAAUGCUAAUGGUGGGAUCAUGUAAGACUUACAUUGUAAGUAGAUGACAAGAAAAGGGAAGAAAUCUCUUAAUAAGGCGCUCGAAAUACGUUUUCUUUUUGGACGCGAAUCUUUUAGAAGUUGAGAGGCUGCUUCGGUAUUACAUACCUUCCCACUAUCGAUCGUUGAUCGAUAAAUCGCAGUAGUAAAGACACAGUAACGAUGCCUGUGCGGGCAACUUGUUUGAGCGUCCCUGGUUCAGAUGCAAAUGAAUUUUCCGUAGCUACGAUUCGUUGAUCUGACCACGUGUAUUUUACACUUUCUUCGACAUACAUAUUCCUCUGGCCCGUUUUCUGCCUCUUUAACUUUCUCUCCUCUCAUUAACUCUCUGUAUUUCUUACCUUAAUUAACGUACUGUCUGUUUAAAAUAAUCAUAGUUAUAAAAUAAUUAAAAAUAUUUAGUAUAAAUUUAGUUAAUCGCUUAUUGUUAAAUGUGAAUGUAAAGUACUAAUGAACUUAGUUAUAAUGAAUUUUAAUUGAAUGGUGCCAUAUUUUUGUUUAUGUAAAAAUUCCAGGCAGAUUCGAUACGAAGUUAUUUUAAACAGACUGUAAAUGAGACCCGUCCCAACUAUGAAUGCCAAUCAUCUUCAACGCAGGUGAUUCACAGAGACCUUGUACACAUUUGACACGUGACCCAUGGUAUUUUUUACCGUUUGAUCCAAGUUGGAACGUAUGUGUAACUUUCGAAACAAUACAAGAAAUGUGACAAAAUUUUUGGAUAUUUUAGUGGAACGACAGGAAAAUAUGAUCAAAAUAUGAAAAUUAAAUGAAUAGGAAAAUAAUAAGCUUAUGAAUGGAGUUUGGAAUGAUGGAUGUUAUAAAUACAGAGCAACCACAAUGGUUGCCGUGUGUUAGGAGGCUGUAUCAGUUUUCUUUUAAUUCUCUAUAAUAUUAUUUUAUAUAGAGAAUUAGAUGAUACUACCGACAGACUCCACGAUAGCAAAAUAGAAUUACGAAACGCAAUGUACAAAUAAGAAAAGAUUGUAAAAAACAUCGACAUACAAAACUCAUGAAACUCAGCAGAUUCAAUACGAAUCAUGCAUUUUUCGAUAGUUAACAAAAAUUGUACGACCUGUCCACUGAUUCAACGAUUGAAGAUGAAACGAAGAAAAAAAAAGAGAACAAUAAAAGCAACGCGGAAACUGUAUUUAAAAUAAGAGUAAACAACUAAAAUCGAGAUUAUAAAGAAGAUAUAAUGAGGACAUUGUUUAAACGGUGUAUAUAGUAUAAUCGUCAUAGGGAUCGAUCAAAAACCAAUGUGACCUGAAAUUUAAAAAAGCGAGUAGCGUGUUAUUUCCUACGCGUUGUCGUUUACCACUGUGAAAGUAAAACUGUUUUCGAGUGUAUGUGAAUUCCAAUCAAGACCCUAAAUUAAGAAAAGGAGCAAAUGGUCUGUUUAGAUCUGUAUAUCGUUUAGUGAUCAUAUGAAAAAUCGCGGAAUCAAUGUCCACGAUGUACAAUGAAAUUUUCUAUGUUAUAAAAAUGCGGAGAAAAAACAUACGAAAGAAACGAAGAAAGAUCGAGUGGAACGAAUGAUAGGGUAAACGUAAAAGUAAGAUAAAGAAAAACACGAUAUAUCACUAUGUUAAUAAAAGAGAUUAAUAUACGGUAAUAUUAAGAAACUUCAGAUGAAUUUAAUGUCAGAACAAAAAGUAUCAUUGUGUCUUCAUAGAAAAAAAAGAGGAUGUUGGUUUGUCGAAUCGUGUGAAUCUCAAAACGAUAAUCCUCUUGUAAGUUCCUUCUCUCGAUUCGUAUAUUGAUUGUAAUGACGUGUGUCCAUCAAAGGAACGUUGAAAAACAUUUUCAUUGUUGCUGAAAACAUGCGAUUUACAAUUUAUCUUCGCCAGAAUCGGAUCAAGGUUUCUGAGGCCCGGGGCUAUCCUUGAUAAAAUUAAAUAACAUUCAAUAGUAAAGAAAAAAAAGGCAACAGUAAAGAAAUUCAAUUCAAUAUUUCUGACAUAGUAAAUGGAAGGCUUAGAAGGGUUUCCUUAAAAGGCUGUAGCUCCCCUUAGAACUCCCCUUAAUUCAGUGCUGCCCCUAAAUCUCUACUUAAGUUAUCAACAAACUUAGUUGUGAAAAUGGGAAAGAUAAACUUCUCAUAAUAGUUUAUUUUUUUGUUAAGUAAAAGAAAAGCUAAAUUUUAAAUAAAACCAAGUCUUCGAGAAAGAAGUAUGGUAAAUUAUGUUUUCUUGAAUUCCUUGAAAAAGUACAACUUAUUACUCAAAAAUUUUAUUGAAAAAUGCAGAAGCUGUUGCUUUUGAAAAUAUCAACAAUAACAGCAAAAAUCUUUUUCUUUGUUCCUUUGAUGAAUACGUACCUUUAAUCAAGAAUUCAAUUGUGUCGCAAACUGCCGAGCUUGCGACGUUGAGAUGAUACAUUUUCUCGUUUUAAAUACAGAAAUGUUCUUUGUUGAGGAGUAAGUUUGUGUACCAUAAAAAUAAGCAAAAAACGAUCUGAAAAUUUGAGAUCUAUCUUGAUUUUCAGUGGCUAUCUCAUUAAGAUUCUAUUCUCUAAUCUUGAUGAGGUAUCUACAGUUUUGUCUGGUCGUUCAUUGACUGACAUCACUGGAAAAAUAUGUAACAGAAUCUUUCCAAUAAGUGUGCAUACUUUUUCACAAGAAUCGAUGUAAAAAUUCAUUAUAUCAAACUACAAAUAAUUUAAUACUUUGCAGAUAUAUUUUCAAACUGAAUCCGAUGCUUUUCACAUAUCAGUUUUUUACAGAAAAAGCUCUGCAUCCUUAAACUUUGUAAAAGAUAUAAUUAUUUGACAAAUCAACCAAUAUCAUGCUGCAAAUUCAAUUCUAAUGAUACAAAAACCGAUAAAAUAUUAUUUAGAAUUAUUGACAUUAUUCAAGUGAUGUGCUGAAUAAUUUUGUUAAAUAUUUAUUAAAAAUUCUGUUUCAUAUUUUGGACUUUAAUUGAAAAUUUCUAUUUUUAAAAUAUACCUAAUUUUCUACUCAAUCCAGUUUGCAAACUUAUUCACAUGAAUGUAUAUGUAUACUGGAAAAUUGCAUUACCCCUUUGCACUUGAAAAUUUCUUUGUUACAGGGAAUUAUUAAAUGACCAUGUUGUCGAGCUCGAUUUAACACUUUGAUAACUGUUAUCACAUUUUCUUGACUGUAAUACAUACCAUUCUUCACUUCGUUUAUAUUGACUGUUAUGUACUAUUAAAAUUUGAUGUAUGUAUAUGCUCUUUGUAAUUUUAACCCUUUCAGUGUUCAUUAAUAUAAACAAAUGAGAAAACUUUUUUAUUCGUAUUACUAACUUUCUUAUGAUUUAUAUUGUUAGUAUUUAUUAUAAAUAUGCGUAUUUCUUAAAUUUUUUAAUCCCUUAAUUCCUGCCCACGUAACGCGCAUAGAACUAUGCACUGAAAGGGUUGAAAUUGAUAAUUUUAUAAUGUACAGCAUCGAGCAUGGUGGGCGUCCCCAGGGCAAAUGGCGAUAUUUCGGGCUUCCCACUUUCACCCCGGGGUCCCAUACAGUAUAUGUCUAUGGUCUCCCACCACUUGUGUAUGAACGUUUACGCGGGAUAAUUUGAACUGAUAUUUAUGUUAUUAUUUCUAUACUAAAGUUUAUAAUAUUUAAUAAUUGAUAAUUAUAUUUUGUUUCUAAAUCACUUCUAAUAUUAAUAUCGUCAAAAUUAGGAUUUUGAAAAUUCCUUCUUUCCCUAUAUCGCCGUUUUUUCACAGGAUUUUCUUUUCUCGAUGCUGUACAUUAUAGACACUCUUAAACACUUCCUCUUUUAAUAUAAAAGAAAAUGUAAAAUUACAAAACCCAUUGUGUCCACAAAAUAUGUGGACGUCAAAGUGUUAACAAGAGUUUAAAAUAUAAAUUAAAAGAUAAUCUUGACCACGAAAGGAACUACGAACGGCUGUACGUAAUGUAAAAUAAUAAGAGCAGAAAAACAGAGAGAGAAUGUACCUAUUAUCUAUUAUACACGUGACACGUUGUCACGCGACGUGCAUGUAAAUUUAUUAUAAAAAUAAAUUAUUAUA